AUGCGUGCCCUCACCGCCGCCGCCCCUCGGCUACUCUCCCGCCUGUCCCCGCAGCAUCCCGACGUCCUCUGGCUCCCCGCGACGUCAUGCGCCCAGCUGCUCCGGCCCCUUCGUCGCCACCCAGCCGCCGUCGUUCUUUGCCUGUACUCGACCAAGGCGCCGCCGGCAAAGAUGGCCGAGGUCGUCUCCAAGCGACAAGCCGACGCGACGUUGGCCGCCGCCAAAUCAAAAGCAACGUAUGAGAUACCCGAGCGGCUGCUCAUCUACCACGCCGGCACUGGACGAACCACCUUUCUGGCCAUGCUCAAGGUGACUACCCUCUUCAUCGGCGCCUUUUUCUGCUUCGUCGCCGUUCCGAGCUACAUUUCCGCCGACAAGCCCGUUUCCGAAACCGUCAAAAUCGCGCUGUGCGGUGUCAUCCCCUUCUUCUUCGUCACCUACACCACCGCUCCCUUUGUCACGCACCUCUACAUUCACCUCCCCGUCUCCGCGCGCACCUCGCGCGCCGCCCUCGAGCGCUUCGUCCGCGCCGCCCUCCCGCCGAGCGCGCGCCUCACCGCCACCACCAUGAGCGCCAUUGGUAAGCCCCGGUAUAGCACACUGUGCGCGGGGGACCUGCGCCCCGUGAGACGGCGGCGGUUCGGGCUGGUGAAUUACGCGCGCGACGCCGGGGCGGAGAAUCGCGGCCGCCGGUGGUAUGAGCUGCCCGCGGUGAGACAGUUUCAUGUGCCAGAAGGCGGCGGCGGCGCGGCCAAGGAGAAGACGGUCAGAAAGGAGGGCAGGAGACUGGUGGAGCCGUGGAUAUGGGAUGCGAUCAAGGAGAAGAUUGCAAAAAGGAGUGGUGAGGCAGGCGGUGCGGCGUCGUGA